AUGAGAGUGGCACCAGGACAGAGUGUGCCAGUGGACAAAGAAACACAAAAUGACGAAGAUUCUGAUCUAAAAACAUCGGUUUUUGGUACUCGAACUCGCUUUGUUAUGGUAGUCAUCGUACUCAUUUGUCUUGCUAGCAUAUGGUCCAACAUACUGGCGUUCAAUUUCGCUGUGAUCUGCAUGGAAACGCCGCAAAAUGUUUCGAACGGUGACGAGUCACUGGAUACAUCCGACAGACAUGACUUUACCAACAGUAAGACGCUGUAG